GGGCGGCCCUAUUGUGCGGCGCUGAGGUAACGCCGCAGCCUUUUCCGCCGGGGAUGGAGGACGGUGGUGGGGCGGGAGCGGCGUCCGCGCCCCCGGGGGCCCCCGCUGGCCUCUCGGCCUCGCAGCGCCGAGCCGAGCUGCGGCGGAGGAAACUGCUGAUGAACUCGGAGGAGCGGAUCAACCGCAUCAUGGGCUUCCACCGGCCCGCGGCGGGCAAGGAUGAUGAAAGUCACACAGAAUCAAAACUUCAGCACGAACAAGAUAUAUCAAAUUCCCUUCCCAUUCCUUCAGUUUCCAAGCGAAUAGUGCUUGGUGAUUCUGUCUGCAGUGUGGCGGGUGCAGCUGACCAUGGAGGCAGCGUGCUAGAUCUCAAAGGGGAUAAGGACUUCUUCAGUAAAACUCCAGAGCUUGUCAGUGAGGGUACAAGUGAGCUCCGUCACCGUCACAGAGCGGAGCUGCCAGCUGAAGCUGCACCACGGCCACCUAGACGUGGAUUAGACCAGUACUUAUCCAGAUUUGAUGAAGCUCUGAAGCUGAGGAACCAGCUGAUGAAUGAGAAGCCAAGCCAAGAGAACGGGAAUGCAGUGGAGGAGUUUGACUCUUUCCGCAUUUUCAGAUUGGUGGGAUGUGCUCUGCUUGCCAUCACAGUCAGGGCUUUUGUGUGCAAGUACUUGUCAAUAUUUGCACCAUUUCUUACUCUCCAACUUGCUUACAUGGGACUGUCCAAGUACUUUCCAAAGAGUGAGAAGAAGGUGAAAACGACAGUACUAACUGCUGCCCUUUUACUGUCUGGAAUCCCUGCAGAAGUCAUUAGUCGCUCCAUGGACACCUACAGCAAAAUGGGAGAUGUUUUCACAGACCUUUGUGUCUAUUUCUUUACUUUUAUCUUUUGCCAUGAACUUACUUUGGUUUUUGGUUCUGAAUUACCAUGAUGGCUGUAGAAUUCAACACGAUAGUUACAUUAAAGCUUUCUGGACCGUAUUCCUUUAAUGUCUGACUGUGCAGACAGAUUUAAACCUUCAUUAAAAUUCUUACCUGUUCAAAUGCUUGAAAGGAGCCAUUUUGGGAAAGGUAGAGCAGGUUCCCAGACUGCCAGUUGCAUUGGUUCAGUUUAUUUAAAUACUGUGUCUGCCUGUUAUAAAUGUGAAGAAUAGGAUGCAAGUGUCAGUGGAUUAUUUAUUUGGUUUAGUUAAUGCUGCUCUUCUCAGCCUCCUUCAUAAACAUUUACAAAGCUGCCUUUGUUCUUUUCAGCGAGAACAAAGAGAAUUCCUUUCAGCAGAACUAUAUAUAUAUAUAUGUAUAUAUUUCUCCAGUAUCACUAUAGCUAAUAAGAACUGCUCAUUUUGUGUUGUUCCCAUUUUUUAAAAAAGUUCUCGAUAAAAGAAAUUCCUGUAUUAUGUUGUUCAAGUUCAGACUCUUGAACCAAGUAGCUGCUUCUGGAGAAUGUUGGUGAAACAGGCCACUUGGUUGUCCUAAUCCUUGCCUUGCUAUACAUCAUUUGUUGUGAUUGUGAUUAAUUUCAUUUGAUGAUUAUAAUGCAAAACCAACAACAAAGUUCUGUUGCUUACAAAUGUCAUUAAUCAAAAAGCAGGAAGAAACAGAAUUGUUAAUCUCACCUGUUUGUGGGUUUCCAGCAGCCUAGUCCUCCUGUAGCUCACACGUAUGUUUUCAGUCUGAUGUCUUUAUUUUAACAGUUCAUCUCAUGAGGAGAAGCUUGUAUACGUUGGCAACCAACCUGCAGCAUCAGUUGGUUGCUCUAGAAAACAUAAAACUGCCAAGGGAAGGAAGUACUUUGUUUUUUUUGUAGCUCCUUCCCAGAUUCCAUAAGACAACCUUUAAUAUGACACUAAUUUCUGCAGAUUGUUUAUUACCAGAUAUUUGCAUGUAAACAGGAUCUUAAUUGCGGAGGAGUUCUGCUCCUGCUGUGUAAUACUACAAACCAACAGCACACAGCCUUUGGUUCAGCAGAGCUAUUUACCUUUAUUUUUUUGGUGUGUUUUGGAAAUUAGCGCAGGGAAAUCAUAGUAGCCAUUCCUCUUUAAAUCCUAAAUACUCCAAGAGACAGUGAAAUAAAAACCAGUGCUUUGAGUUGACUCCCACAUGAAGAUCUAAGUAUGAAGGGACACUAGUGCUUUGUAUUUUGUUCUGUGGAUGUCCAGCCACACAGGUGAAAUAAUGACAAAUACAGAUGGGUCCUGUCACUGGACACAGUAAAGUAGCAACUGCUCUAGUUUUCAAUCUCAUGAAUUUUGCACACUGAGAGGAAUGUCAUUCCAAGUAGCUUAAACGAUAAUCUGUGAAGAUUUCUAUUGAAGCUAAAUUUGCUGUUAUUUUCAACUUGCAGUUUUCUGUUUAGAAUCUGGACUUUCAGAUAAUCUAGGCCAAUGCUUUUUUUAACAUAGAGAAAUACCUAUUUCUGUUGGUAUUUGCGGAAGUUUUUUGGGGAGCAUAAACCUUUAAUUAUGCCUCUUUAAAGCAAAUAGCCCUGCUUUCUGCUUAAUCUUCUCUGUUAAAGCUUCCUGAUUUAAUUUUAGCACUGCAUUUCUAACCCCUAAGUUAAAUAUAUGUUUGUUGCAUGAAAACAAAAAGCCUGUGUUUUGAUUUGACAAUUUUCUUUUUUACUGAAUAUUUUCGGUCUGUAUCAUGUUACAGUUGUCCAGGGCUGCGCUGCAGAAGAUUCUGACUUAGGUCUAUUAGCACAAAUAUUGAUUCGGAAGCUUUGCAUUUGUAUUAGGAACUUCAGCGAAUUGAAAUAGCUGCCAUUUAAAUUAAGGUUGAGAUACGUAAAUGAGUUUGCUCAAAAGUUAGACUUGUUCUGACCUUAUUUAUAUGCCCAAAUGUAAUACAAAUAAAUUGCAAAAAUACUGGCUACUAACAUCUGCAAAGGCAAUGGUUUUUUUUAAUCCUCAGUGUGAAGAUUUCAAUCCCAAUGAGUGAAAUGCUGAGAAAAGAGCUGUCCCACCUACUAUGUGUUCACUCAGCCCUGCAGGGAAAGCUGAAGUGGGUUUUAUUCUCAAGCAGUGACAGAAAUCUUGCUGUGAGACCUGACCUGGAACUUUUCAGUCCAUAAACACUUAGUUUUGUCCGACGAACUCAGAGUGAGCUGGAGGAAACCUCCCUGGAACCGGCAGGGCGCCAGGAGGGGCAGCUGCUUCCUCACCUUUGCUCAAGGAAUUUGUCCCUUUUAUUCCGUUUUAAUCUUAUUCUGUUCAUGUACAUAAUUAUAUUUUAAUGUUUCUUGCCAAACUGAUUGUUUUCUAUUAAAAGUAUGUUUGUUACCCCCUU